AUGUAUGACAACAUCUCUGAUUUUACAAGAUAUGAUGACGACCAUGACCCCGAACACGGUGAAGAAGAAGUUUUACAAACAUCCAUUAAGACAGGAAAGGUUUUAACUCAAAGUCUCAUUAUUGACACCAAAGAUGGCGAAGUGGACGUUCUUCAAGAGCUGAAGAAAAAUACUUCUGAAGGAGGUGGUGGUAGGCAUGAACUUGAAAUAAAUGAGAUAGAAGAGAAAUUAGCCGAAAAAGCAGAUAAAAACCAUGUUCAUUAUAUAAGUUCAGACGAACAGAUUAUAACGGACUACCAUGGAUAUUUAACACAGGAUGAACAAAUAAGCACUGAAGAUGUUAAUGAAAGAAGAUAUAAAUUCAUUCGUGCUAAAGGUUAUGACAUACGUUGUACUGUACAGUAUGACACAGGUAAAGCACCAGAAGCAUUUGGUUAUAACGAUGAAAUUUAUGCCUCUAGUUUCUUUGUUAACGGUGUAUUAGUUGAACCAAGAUUUACUUUGAGAGUUAAGGCAAAAAUAACUUUUGAAGAUGCUAUUAAAAGUAAAGCUGACAAAGAUGAACUUGACGCAACGAACAAAGUUUUGAAAUCUCAUAAACACAAUAUCUCCGAUAUAAAUGAACUUCAAGCUACAUUAAAUAGUAAAGCUGACAAGAACCAUACACAUAAAUCCUUCACUACUGUUAGAGCAGACGACAUAAUAUUGAACUAUGAUUUGGGUUCAAGUGCACCUUUAGAGAAUCCGAGUACAAGCGUAAAAGAUACACUAAACAAUUUAGAUAACAGAUGUAUGAACAUUGAAGGUCAUGCCAGAAACUUUGAAGCAUAUGAACUACCAGCAAUGUUAGAUAAGAAAGCUGACAAAACAGAGCUUCAAACAUUAAAGACUGAAAUACUUCAAACCAUAUAUCCUGUUGGUUCUAUUUAUACGUCAAUGAAUUCAACAAAUCCAGCAACAGUUUUAGGUUUUGGUAC